AAAGAUCAUUCACUCUUGAACCCCUCUGCUCUAAUCCCAUCAAGUAGCCCCUAUAUCGCCUUCAUAACCACCUCCACUUGUCAUUAUCCGACCAUGCAGAACUUGGCACUCUCACUCGCAUCCAAAGGUGCACCCUUCGUCGUCGGCACUCGUCCUGUUCCUAAGCCCGUGAAGGGUCAGAUGCUGGUCAAGAUUGUGGCCACAGCGCUGAAUCCUCUUGACGCGUUCAUGCAAGCCAGUGGAUAUCUAGUAGCGUCCUGGCCUGUAGUAUGUGGGUGGGAUGCUGCGGGGAUAGUUGAGGAAUUGGGUGAAGGAGUUGAAGGGUUUAAAAUAGGUGAUAGAGUGAUGUACGAAGGAGAUUUUACCAACGAUAGGUACACCUUUCAAAGUUACGGACUCGCUAACGCGUCUACGGCAGCCAAGAUCCCCAGCAACCUGUCCUUCGAACAAGCAGCUACUAUCCCUCUAUGCCUUUCCACCGCCGCCAUCGGUCUCUAUGGAAAACGUGCCUCUGAAAACAGUUCGAAGCGCGGAGGUGCGGGCCUUGUCGCUCCUUGGGACAAAGGUGGCAGGGGUAAGUAUAAGGACGAGCCAAUCCUCGUGACGGGCGGCGCAAGUUCUGUGGGACAAUUCGCUAUCCAGCUUGCGAAGCUCUCCGGGUUCAACCCCAUCAUCACCACCGCUUCCGCUCAUAACAAAGCCUAUUGCGAAGCUGCCGGAGCAACGCAUGUCAUCGACUACCGAUCCACACCGUAUUCUGAGCUUGCAUCCGCCGUCGCAUCCAUUACUUCCCGGCCUAUCAAGAUAAUAUACGACGCCAUAGCAGUUCCGGACUCCCAGAUCGCCAGUUGGUCCCUUCUUAGCCCAGGCGGCAAUGUCGUCGUUACUUUACCUCCAUCCAAGGACAUAGGAGAGCCGGGUGUCGAGGACAAAGAUGGAAAGUUCGUAGCCUGGGUAUUCGGAAGUGUGUGCGACGACACGAUAGGUGAUGUCAGACUCGGUGAGACGAUGUUCAAGGUGUUGGAGGAUAUGAUGAGGGAUGGAGAGAUUAAACCAAAUCAAGUGGAAAUUCUCGAGGGCGGAUUGGCUGGGAUCGAAGGGGGCUUGCAGAGAAUGUUGACUGGGAAGGUUAGCGGGGUGAAGUUGGUGGCGAGGCUUUCAGAAACGCCCUGAACAAUUACGGCACUUGUAUGACUACGGAUUGACAGAAGUAUAGAAUUAUCUUUGCU